CUCUACACCACUGACUGCCACACUGGUGUGUGGCAUUUUCUAGAGAUUGAUUUUGAUAUGGUGUUAUGUGAGGAGGAGUUUGUCUGUCUGGAGAUUGGAUUUUGGUUUUCCAGAAUAAAAAUAGCACCAGGCCAAAACUCGGCGGUAGAGUACUUUUACGCAUUUUUUAUUCUUCGUUCAAGUGGCGUGUAUGCUGUGGCCUUGAAAUUGAUUGAAGGGACCCUGUUUGCACAGUCUCUGCACGGUAGUUUAGUGCAUAGUGGGGAUUUUUCACUGCUUGCGAACAAAGCUUAAUGCUUCUAAUCGCAGUAUAUUGUGUUACGUUUCGUCGGAAUCCAUAAAAUCCGUCUAGCGGGCAAAGGGACUGAGUUUGAUGGCCGUGGGUUCAAACGAGGAAGUUCGAUGAACGGAUUAGUGAAAAAUCGAUGACCUGAAAUUCGAUCAAUGCGAGAUGCUGACAAUGUAAUGGGAGUUCGUUGGUGGAUGGAGGUCACCCAAAAAUGCUAACAGCCACAUUUGAGCUCGAGCAGGAGGAUGUAAAUCCAGAUGAUCAUUUGGAGCCCAAAUCAAACCCUUCAUUAUUGUUAGGAGAUUUACAACCGGUGGCAUCGGAUCCCAACUGUCACGACCCAGAGCGACCACGCAGUGCGGACAACCGGAAGUCGCUAUUUUCAUUGCCCCUUAGUGGGUGGGGUUUCAAUCGGCAGCAACAGCAGCAGCCACAACAACAGCAACAGCCGUCCCAGACAGGACAGCUUUCCUUGAUUAGACUCAAGCGUCGCUAUAGAGAUAAGGAAAACAGCAGUGUUUGUCGGGAAGAGGCACGGGACAAAGCCAGUGCCGAACGUGAGGAACAUUCCUCACCGCCGGUGAAAAAGCGAAGCCUUUUGGAAAUAGUAGAGGAAGAUAUCCAGAGGCGAUUGAAGAAAAGUAUCAGUGACAAGACACGAAAGCGAAAGGUCAGCUGUCUGAGUUUGGUAGCUGCUGGUCAGCCCAAAGAAAAGAAGAAAAAGCAACCGCAGCAACAGAAACAGCAGGAGGAAAUAGUUAAAGUUGCAGUUGAAGAUCCGAUUCAGUGUACUCCUCCGGUUUUCGAAGAAGAACCGGAAGAAGCGAAGCGGCAAGACUCUUUUAGUAGUCUUUCUGGAAAAAGUAGGCAAUCGUCGCAGCAAAUCGAUUGGGAACAGGUAGAGGCCAUCAGCGUCGAGGACUCUGAGGAGGAAGUAAAGGAACCGGAGAAGUCGGUUUUUGAUUUCGAUUCCCUGUUCGAGGACAAACAGGUCAAGCUUCCGCCGAAGACCUAUUCUGGUUGUUCGAGCUCGAGGCUUACUCUUUCGAAGAAUUUCCUACAGCAGCAGCAGCUGAAUGGGCAACAACCAUUUGUCGUAGUUGAGGGAGUAUCAGCAAGAGAUACACUCGUGGCUGGUGGUGAGGACGACAUGUCCAUUCACCAUCAACAGCACUAUAAUUUACCGUCUUCGUAUAACAGUGUCAGUAGCACUACUAGCACCAACUAUAAACAGGAAGUUGCGCCGGCCUCCUCCAUCCUACUGCUGGCAGCAGCUACUGGGGAGUCCCAAACAAUGUCCAGUCAUCCACACUACACCCGAAGCAAGAUAAACUCAAUGCAAGGUCGUUUUACGCUGGGCAACGCCACGGAUAUGGCCAUAGCUGCGUCAUUGAACGAAAUUCCGCGAAGUAAAGUAAAUAGUCUACAGGGUCGAGUCGAUACGGGAACUGCAACGGAACUAGCGAUUGCUCAAUCGCUGAGUGAAGACCAGCAGAAUAUACUGAACUCCGUGGUACCAGUGAUAGCACCGUUAACUCCGGCUAGUAUUGCCGCCGCAGCUAAUAUGAACAACUCGUUGGCCACCCUGUGCAAUAUCGGUAAUUCGUGUUACCUCAAUUCGGUACUCUACACGUUACGGUUCGCUCCGAACUUUAUUCACAAUCUACACCAUCUGAUCGAAGAUACGGACAGUGUCUACCAGAGACUUAACGAAAACAAGCUGAAAUCCUCAUCCCUUGGGCGAAAUAUUCCCGGAUUGCACGGUCCCAGUGGCCGCAGUUGGAGCAGUAAGGAUCUUGCCUCGCUCGGUGGAUCCACAACGACUACAAACUCCUCAUCUUCCACCGGUUCCGGAUCUACUACGGCAGCAGUUAAUGGAACCAGCGGUACUGGUAACGGUGGCGGCGGUGGUGGUGGUGGUGGGCUUCCGACCACCCGAGAAGAGAACCUUCCGCUUAAAACUAACCGACAGGUGGUGACGGAGCAAUUGCAUGAACUGUUUCAGAAUCUGCAUCGGAACGAAGCUAUCGAGGCGAUGGAACCGUUCCACGCGGGGAACAUUCUGCGUGCCGUGCAAGACGUUAGUUCAACCUUCGAAGGCAAUCAGCAGCAGGAUGCCCAUGAGUUCCUGAUGUGCGUGCUAGACAGUGUUCGGGAGUCAUGCCAGUCAUUGAUCAAGACCAUCACUGACCACCCGGAUGUGCUGAUUAGUGCCUGCCCGCCGGUACCGGAGUGUAUCGAGCCAUUCCCACCGGAACCGAAGAGCAGUGCGGCGCGGUUCUUCCGCCGCCGAAAGGAAUCGGUUAAAACGGCUAAACCAGCAACUAACGGGGGAGGCGGUGGCAGCAGCGGGGCCACCACCCUCCCGAAAGCUGCCGUAAGUGGCGGUGGUGAUGCAUCCGAUCCGCUGGCCAACCUAAAAAAUGCCCUCUUUGCCAAAACGUCUUCCGCGCUGGACGAACAACUGGUGCGCGAGCGCCUGCAGGCCCUCGGGUUGGACUUCUUUCGGGACGACUUUGAGGGCGUCACCGUGGCCAAGACCAAGUGCUUGGCCUGCGAGACCUGCACCGAGCAGAAGGAAACCAUGAUCGACAUAGCAAUUCCGAUCGCUUCCAGCGAGGUGUGCGAUGCGGCCAAGAAUCCACAGCAGUUCUACCAGAACUCGUGCAUAACUCGAGAGUACUUCCGCGGGGAUAACAAGUACCGGUGCGAAGAGUGCUGCGGCUACCGGGAAGCGAUCCGGUCGAUCUCGUUUGAGGUGCUACCGCGGCAGUUGAUCCUGCAGCUGAAGCGCUUCAACGGCGAUAUGGAGAAGAUCAACAGCUACAUUCCGACGCCGUUCGUUCUCCGGUGCUUCUGUAAUACGUGUUUGCCAAAGCCGGACUGUGAUAAGCCGCACAUUUAUCGGUUGUACAGUGUGAUUACCCACGUGGGCGCGCGGAUGUCGGUGGGACACUACAUUGCCUAUACCAGCUCGCUGGACGUGCACGCUGAGUAUCUGGGCUGUGGGAAAGACCGUCGGAGGCAGUUGUUCUUAUCCGGAGGGUCACUCGAUGGCCUAGCCGGUAGUGCAAGUGCUGGCAGUGCGGGAAGUGGUUCAGCUAAAAGUAACAGUGAGAAGGGAACUUCGGGACAUUUGAAGAAACUUUUCAGCGCCAAAAAGGCUUUUAGUGCGGGUGAUAUGAGUAAGAAAACAAAAAACAUUGUAGUCAACAAAAUGAACUUAAUCAAUGGUAUGGAAGGGCUGAAUCUGAUCAACGGUUCCAGUACGGGAAGCAGCAAUACGGCCUCGUUUGGUUCGCACUCGGGAAGCAAUAGUCCUAACAGCAAUGGGACUCCAACCGGCGCUGGUGGUUCCCUGGCCAGCCGGAUCCCGUGCGCUGGUCUAAAUUGCUGUGGAAUUCAUCUUAAAAAUAGUCAUCUUAGUUUGUACGGUAGUGGUAGUUGUGAUUCGUCGUCGUCUGCAGCGGACACCAAUGGAAUCCCACUGGGAACGGCGGAUAGUAAUAGCGGUAGCACCAAUUCAGUCGAAAGUCGCAUGAACUACAUUAACUCGAUGGCGAACGGUCUGACGGCGACGGCUGCAGGUUCCGGGGCGCCCACCAACUUGUCAGUGUUCGAGCAGAGUCUAAGUCAACAGCUGUGGCACAUGUGCGAUGACGAUAAGAUCAAAAUCAUGUCCCAGGUCGAGUUUGAGGAGUUGUUGUCGCCGAACCGAAGGCACGUGAUAACGCCAUAUCUGCUGUUCUACGCACGGUACGAUCUGGUACCGGCCAGCGGCAGUCGGCAAAAAGAUGCGGAGGCGGGCCUCUUGAAGGCUGGUAGCAACGAUGGCGGUGGAGUGGAUUGUGGUUUGAUGAUCGAUUAAUAACGGUCGCCGUUACGGACGGUAGGUGGUCUUUAGUUGUCCUUGUGUUGGGAGUGAUGUAGGUACUAGGUAUGUUUCGUUUGUAUCUUCAAAUGAAAUUUAUAGCCGGCAGUGUUUUGUAGAACAGGAAACGUUCCGAGGUCGGUUUUCGUCGUUUUUGUCUAUUGAAUAUCAAUAAUGUUCAUUUGUAAGCAAAUUAGUCGGCAUUGUCAGAUAAAAUUAUCGAUAUCAUUUGAGAGUGGGUGUGUUUAAUGAUACGGAAGUAGCAAUAUGUGCAUGGUUCAUGACGUGGAUUGUGAUGUCUGUGUUUGGAAAACACAAAAAUCGACCACCCGUAUCAUACCAUUUGGCUAGGUAUGGAGUUGGUCCCUCCAAUGCACGCUUAUUUUCAAGUACUCCAAAUAAAUUGUCUAUGUUAAUUAUAUAUGAACUAACUAAUUCAAUGCGGUCAAAUGUCCCGGAUCCAGCAGGGUUGCUUUUGCAUUAAAACUUAUCGCGUUAAUUCGUGUAUUAUCGGAAACUACAAAUACCCAAGAAAAAGGUUGGCAUAAUGGUCGUUUGGUCUAAUGAUCAUUCUACCUCUUUGUAGACAUGAGCUGUUCUCCAAGAUUGGAAUCUCUUAUCAUUUAAUACUCUAGAUUCUAGAUAAUUUCUUUUUUGUUGUUACCAGGGCAUCAACAAUGUCUUUAUCAUGUCAAAAUGACACACGAGCCAAAUAAUAAUGGGUGGUCAGUAACGGCAAGCAACAUAGACUGAAAGUUUGUUUGCAACAAACGCGGUUGAUGACAUAGCUUGAUCAGAAUAGGGAAAUGGCAUAACACAAAUGUCCCCAUUGAUUUACAAGGUGGUAAGGCAACCGGAUGCAAGAUGUUCUACGGAGACCUCUUCUGAGACACCACACCAGAUAUAGCUGAUGAAAUCUUCACUGAGGCCAGAGUAGAAAAUGCGGUGAGAUCUUUUCAGCCCUUUAAAUCUGCGGGUGGAAUAUUCCCGGCGCUACUUCAAAAAGGUGAAGCAGUGCUGAGUCCAUCUCUAACUAAUAUUUUUAGAUUGGUAAAAGUUAUAUUCAUACCAAAAAUGGGAAGCGCUACAAAACGCAUCCAAAAUCAUUCAGGCCCAUCAGUCUUUCAUCAAUUUUGUUAAAGACUAUGGAAAAGGUGUUGAAUGAUUUCAUCAAUUCAACUUACAUGUUCACGCAUCCAUUAUCUAAUUUUCAGUUUGCGUAUCAAUCCGGAAAGUCAACAGUUACUGCUCUCCAGACCUUAGUAACAAAAAUUGAAAAAUCUCGUUCAGUCAAAGAAAAUCAGCAGGAUGGGAGAAGGGACGCAAAAGAAACAUCGACAACUAUCGCGGCAUCACAUCGUUGUGUGCCAUAUCUAAACUGUUCGAGUUGGUCGUUAUGGAACCUCACUUCAAGCAGCACUUGAGCGAAGACCAGUUUCAUAGCAGGGCGGUCGACUACUUCCAACCUUCUGUGUCUCACCUCGUACAUUACGGAGAGUAUGACAGACCAUAUGCAAACAGAUGUCAUCUACACUGACCUAUCAGUCGCCUUCGACAAGUUGAACCAUCCUAUAGCGAUCGCCAAACUGGAUAGGCUCGGUAUAAAUGGCAGUCUCCUACAAUGGUUCGCAUUCUAUCUAUCUGAUCGUCAGUUGGACGUUGCAAUCGACGACUGCCGAUCUCCUUCGUUCCCUGCCACUUCGGGUAUUCCGCAAGGUAGUCACCUCGGCCCGUUGAUAUUUCUUGUGUAUUUCAACGACGUCAAUUUCGUCCUCGACGGUCAACGACUGUCGUUCGCAGACGACAUGAAAAUCUAUAUCCGAAUCCGAGCCAUCACUGACUGCCACCUCCUCCAACUCCAACUCAACGCUUUUGCUAAUUGGUGCCAACUGAACCGCAUGGUUGUAAAUCCAACAAACUGUUCAGUAAUCACGUUCUCACGGAAGAAACAUCCACUUAAAUUCAGUGAUAUCCUAGAAGGCGUUGACGUACAUCGUGUGAAUCACAUUAAGCAUCUGGGAUUCAUCUUAGAUUGUCAACUCACAUACAGCCAGCAUGUGUCGUAUGUGAUCGACAAGGCUCCCAGAACGCUCGGCUUCAUUUUUAGGAUAGCUUAAAGUUUCACGGACAUCUACUGUUUGAAGUCGCUUUACUGCUCCCUCGUCCGGUCGGUGUUAGAAUACUGCUGCCCUGUAUGGAAUCCCAAUUAUCAAAACAGUGUACAAAGAGCAGAGUCUAUUCAACGACGAUUCAUCUGGUUUGCCCUUCAACGAUUGCCUUGGAGGGAUCCUCAUCGCCUACCAAGCUACGAAAGUCGGUGCCAGUUAAUUCACCUGGAUCCUUUGUGGAGUCGAAGAGAUAUGACAAGGGUCCUGUUUGUGGCAGACAUGCUACAGGGCAGAAUCCUUCAAUGUCCUUCUAUUCUAUAACAAAUCGACGUUAACGUUCAACCACGAGCACUGCAUAACAAUUAGAAAUUAAGUUGGACUUCACGGCCUUUGCAUUUUGUUACUUCUUGACUAUAUUGUAUUUCCUAGUAUUGCUUAAUCCAUCAUUAGGACUAAACCCAGUCUGUUGAUGUAGAACCAAAUAAACAAAUUACUGAUUGGUCAGUGCUUCUGUUCGACCGUCGAACGAUGCCUGUGUCAGAGUUCCAGUGAAUGCUUCACCGGACGACGACCAUGACUCCAACAGACUUCUUCUGCCAGAUUACAAACCUUGCAGUUCUAGCGCGCUCCUGUCGCUAGACUGUACGGAUUCCCCGUGACGAGCUCGUCCCCCACUUCUCGUGGGCUUCAGUGGACAGAUUCCGCUGACCUGUAGUCUGUGUUCGGCUUCGAGUUCCUUUCGGUGGCUGAAUUGGCAUCUGGAUGUUUUCGACGAUCAUCAACUAUAGAAAGCGCUUUCGCUCAACUGAGUAGUUUUCAGACUAGCUGAACCUCCAACGUUGAGGUGCUAGCUAAACUAGGACUUCACGGCCAUGAAGUUGUCUCCCGUGACGGGUAGACGCUGAACCAUUUCUGUGAGUGCUCAGAAAUGGUGUGUUUGCUGUACUAGCAAGCGUACAGGGCAGCACAACUGCUGUGCACUGCAGUGUGCUGCUUUCCACUCAUGCCGAGUGGAUCGGUGGUGGUUACAUCGUGCCUUUGCUCAUGCCUCAGAGACACUGCAAGGAUACUGAUUGCGAUAAAUCAAUAUGCGGGAAUAUCGCAAAAUGGACAAAAAUUUUGCCCUUCAGAGUCAUAAAAUCUCGUGUUUUAUUUGAAAAGUUCAUCAUUGGACAUUUUGGACUUAGACCUCUCUAGAGGCGCCAC